AUGCAUUCUUACGGCGGGUUAACUGGGAGCAGUAGUAUUGAAGAUCUCACCAAGUUAUAUCGAGAAUCAUGCAGGAUGGGACUUUUUGAGCGCGCAAGAGGUAUCCUUAUUGAUAGUAAGACUAUCUUCAUGACUCUUGAUAUUGAAAAGUACCUAAUGAAGCAGGGUCUCGAAGGCAGUUCUUUCGAUAUAGUUGUAGCUUCAAACGUUCUUCAUGCAGUCAUAUUACACAAGGAAACAAUGAAGAGUGUCACGUCAUUAUUAAAGCCAGGGGGCCACCUUCUACUUCUAGAAACAACAAGACAAUGGUCAAGAAGUCAAUUUGUGAUGUGUGGCUUACUAGGCUGGUGGCUUGGUUUUGACGAUGGCCGGAAAUACGCUUCUAUAAUUGCAGAACGCCCAUGGCAUACCCUGCUCCAGAAUACCGGGUAUUCUGGUCUCGACUCAAGGAUAACCUCAAGAGCUACUAGCGUGAAGCUAGAUACUAUACAGACAAUAGCGUAA